AUGGUUUUGUGUAUCGUUGGGGGGAGUCUCCAGCAAGUCCUGAAACUAGCCUUUCUUGGCUCUGAGACAGACCCUCUGGCUUCAUUCUGUGCAACUCAAGGAGCGUACAGGACUGGCAGAUGGGCUUCCACUGCCCGCUCUGUGUCCUCGUGCACUUGGACAUGCCAACUUCAUGCAGGCAUACGCCUCACAGCCACCGGCGACUUUCUCGGUUCUUUUUCGUUGCUAGAUUUAUUCGUGCCGCUCUCCGUACGCUGCAUACUAGGGGAUACUGCUGAGGCUGGGAACACACAGGCUGGAUGUGGUAAAGAUGCCCCGGCUUGCGAGCGCACCCACAGAGAGGGCGAUAUCCCUAACAAGGCCAGCAUCUCACUACAGGUGAUUGCAAGACCAAAGAGAGCCAUACUCACCAAGCAAAGGGUCCCUUACAAUAGGACUACACCUGACCUUGCCUGA